AUGCUAAAGGUGAUUGUGUCUCGUAAACCAUGUCUGUUUACACAAUGGAUUUCAGUGUAUAAUAGUAUGUGUUAGCACUGUCAAAGGACACUUAAACUUGAUGAUCUUUUCAAUGAUGAAUUAUUUAUUGAUAAAAAUAUUAUGGAAUAUCAUAGGUAUUUUAGACGUUAGGACAAUUAUAACAUGGAAAAUUAUUUUAAUGCAAAACGUCGACUUCUAAAUGUGUAUAGUCAAUCUCCUAAUAAAGAAUGUAGAUUAAUAGAAUUUCUUGAUCAUCUUAUUCCAGAUCUAAGCUUCAAUCAUUAAAAAAUUCUGCCACUUUGUAUGUUUACGACAUGCCUGUCCACAGAUUUAAGUCGACAUUCACACUUUUCCCGCCUUUUUUGUGACAAAAUCUUAAUAGAUCUCUUAAUUUAUUUUACAAAAGGGGUUUUGUUUUCGAAUGAGUUGUGCUUCAAUGUAGAAGAAGAAAUGAAUCAACGGUAUGAGAGAAUUUGGUUAUUGUAGCUCUGGGUGUAAAUAUAGUGUGUCUCUUUUCAUAAUUGUAAACAAUUUAAGUUUGAUGGAAAUGCAAUUUUUUCUGAAAGAGAUUAGCAUGGCGGCAUCCUUUCGUUGUCAUAUUUUCGAAAUGUUUCAAGUCUUUUUCACGGUCAGUAUUUGUUGUCUUUUUAUAUGAGUGAUGUAAAAUAUAGUUUUUGUACAGCAAAACAAAGCAAGGAAGAUUUCGAACCUCACUUCAUGAAAGAGAAGAAAAGGAAAGAAUUUGAUGACUGGUACCACAAAAAUAUAGAACAUCCUUUUUUGGAAAGAGAGAAAUUGGUCGAAUCGGGUCACCUCUGACACAAUCGUUAAUGAGAUGUCAUGCAAGAGAACAUCGAAUAUUGUAGAAGUGACGUGACAAUCCCGAGAGAAGCUUGGAAAGUGUUUUCAAACAGUUUUUACCUAAACACCGGCAUCAUGCCUGCAGUGGGAAAUAUGACGAUAGCCUCUCUACGCAACAUAGUGUGGCAAUACAGAUUUCUCAAAUGCAAUACCAUUGGAUUGGUUCCUCAAGGUGGUUAUGUCAAUAACACACAGCAAUCUUACAUCGCUCUCACUUGGUUGUGGUUUCUAGAUAUCUGUCAUUACAAUGGUGCAAUGAAACAUUUUGGCAAAGAUAAAGGCGAAGAGAAAUUGCGUCUGCCGGGAAAUAGAUCCAUCAGAGUCGAUGGUUACGUGCCAGAAGAGAAGACAAUUUUCGAGUUUUAUGGUUGUUAUUGGCACAGUUGUCCAAGGUGUUGUCCUCCUCACGGAAAGCAUGAAUACAAACAAUUGUCAUUUCAAUUUCUAUUCAAUCAGACUAUGAACAAGGAAAAUUCUAUCAAAGAAAGAGGUUGGAAGUUGCAGAGUAUCUGGGAAUGUGAAUGGGGUAAAGAAAUGGAAGAAGAUCCAGAAACCUUAAACUUUUUAAAUUGUAUGUUCAACCAAACAUACCAGAUGUCAAACCAAACUUGA